AGAACUCCAAUUUUUGGCCCUCCAAGGCCAAUCCGUCGCCCCGAAGAUGGAGCUCCCCCUCAACGGAUCCAAUGGCGAGCUUCGCCACCGCAACGUCGCCACCAACGGCAAUGGCAAAAGCGCCGUCACCGACGAGGGCCGCAAGAUGGAUGAGCUCCUCGACAACCACCAGACGUAUGAGUUUGGUGGCCCAUGGGGCGUCACCGCCAUGAUGAUUGGUUUCCCCAUCCUCAUGUACUAUCUCUGGAUUUGUCUCUGGUUCUACGACGGCAAGGUUGUGUAUCCUACGUCCACUGAAGACAUCAUGCCGUUCCUGAACCGCAUGUGGGUUCACGUCCGCGACGAUGCCAGUCCCAAUGCCUAUGCUUGGAAGGUGUACAGCGGCCUGUUCUUCUACCAGCUCUUCCUUGCUAUAGUCAUGCCCGGUUAUCAGCAGGAGGGUCUCCCCGUCCCGUCUCUCGGCUACAAGACUCUGAUGUAUAACUGCAAUGCUGCGUACUGCUUGUAUGCUACCAUUGUCACCGCCGCCGGUCUUCACUACUACCACAUCUUCCGCCUCACUGAGAUCAUUGACAACUACGGCCACAUCAUGUCGGUCGCUAUGAUUUACGGCUUCGCCUGGUCUUUCGGCAUGUACUUCCUCACAGUCGCUACCGGAAACCAGAUCCGUAUGUCUGGGAACUUCAUCUACGACGUCUUCAUGGGUGCCUGCUUGAACCCCCGCAUCGGCUCGGUCGACCUCAAGAUGUGGGCCGAAGUCCGCAUUCCUUGGGUUAUCGUCUUUUUCCUCGCUGUUUCUGGUGGCUGCCACCAGUAUGAGCAGUAUGGUUAUGUCACUCCUAACAUGGCUUUCAUGAUUCUCGCCACCUGGUUGUACUUCAACGCUUGUGCCAAGGGUGAGGAGUGUAUCCCCCAGACUUGGGACAUGUACUACGAGAAGUGGGGUUUCAUGGUCAUCUUCUGGAACUUUGCCGGUGUUCCCUUCACUUAUGUAUACUCUGUUGUCUACAUGGCUUCGCAUGACCCGGAGACGUAUCGCUUCUCCACGCCGACUUACGUCUUCUUGUUCACUCUGCUUCUUUCAGCAUACUACAUCUGGGAUACGUCGAUGUCGCAGAAAAGUCGCUUUAAGAUGCAGUGCCAGGGUAUGACUGAAUUCCGCAAGACCUUCCCUCAGCUUCCGGGUGGCACCAUUCAGGAUCCUGAGUACAUUCAAACUUCCCAUGGCAACAAGUUGUUGAUCAGUGGUUGGUGGAGAUAUUCUCGCAAGCCCAACUAUGUCGCCGAUUGGGUCAUGAGCUUCUGCUGGGGUGUCAUCAUCGGCAAUGCUACCAUUAUUCCCUAUUUCUAUUCGGUGUUCUUCAUCACCGUGCUUGUCCACAGAUGUGGCCGUGACUUCGAGCGCUGCUCGAUCAAAUAUGGCAAGGAUUGGGAGCGCUACUGCUCGAUCGUAAAAUACAAAUUCAUUCCUGGUGUCUAUUAGAAUCCCUACUAGAUUACGGAAUUGUCGUAUACCCUACAUACUAGACGCAUAAUUACCAUCUUAUCCAAUUGCUCAAUCAAAUCACGAC